AAUCACCGCACCAACAAUAUAGCCACCUUAGUUGAACUCAGGAGUGCCUCCAAAAGUGUGACCUUUGUUCUUUCUCACUCUUGGCCCAUGCACAGUAUCUGAAUUUAUUAUCCAGUCAGUCUACAUGCUUAUCACUGUGCUCCAUAGUGGUUGACCACCAUGGCUCUUAACAUCCCCGGUGUGAUUGCAGUGGCGCUGUUCUAUGUCCUGAUUUUGGGGACAGGGGUGUGGGCUGCCCAAAAGUCCAAGAAGGCUGCGAGGAAAAGCCAUGGAGGCAAGACUGAAGUGGUCCUGCUUGGAGACAGAAAUAUCAACUUGCUGGUCGGGAUUUGCACCAUGACCGCAACGUGGGUCGGAGGUGGUUUUAUCCUUGGUAUUGCUGAGGCGGUGUACUCUCCUAAAAUGGGCUUAAUAUGGGCUCUUAUGCCUGUGUAUUACGCAGUGUCUUUCAUAAUAGGUGGUCUUUUCUUUGCCAAGCCAAUGAGGGAUAAGGAGUAUGUCACCAUGAUGGACCCAUUCCAGAUAAAGUAUGGCAAAAUACUGAGUGGUGCUCUAGUGCUGCCUUCUCUGUUGGUGGAUGUGCUGUGGGUGUCCUGCACUCUGCUAAGCUUAGGAUCAACUAUGAGUGUGAUUCUGGACUUGCCCUAUGUCUAUUCUGUUUGGAUCUCAUCGGCUGUGGCCAUUAUCUACACAUUGUUAGGAGGCCUCUAUUCGGUGGCGUACACUGAUGUUAUCCAGCUCUGUUUAGUUUUCCUCAGUUUGUGGUUGUGUAUCCCAUUCCUGCUGCUCAACCCCACAUCUACAAACAUUGCCCAGACUGCAUUCAACCACACGUUCCAAGAACCCUGGGUCAGAACUCUGGAGCAAGACAAAAUCUGGAAGUGGAUUGAUGACUUCUUAAUGAUUGGUAUUGGUAGUAUUUCAUUUCAGAGCUUCCACCAGAGGACGCUGUCUGCCAACUCAUCUCGAACUGCCCAGAUUACCUGCUAUGCUGCUGCUGUUGUCAUCAUCAUACUUGGAAUCCCCCCUGCCUUAGUUGGUGCUGUCGCUGCCUCUACAGACUGGAACCUGACGCUGUAUGGUUCUCCAUCUCCAUAUGUACGUGGUGAGCAAAGUUUGGUCCUGCCCCUGACCCUACAGAACCUCACUCCAUCCUAUAUUUCAAUCAUUGGAAUCGGAGCUGUGGCCGCUGCUGUCAUGUCAUCUGCAGACUCUGGCCUGUUGUCUGCAACUUCUGUUUUCUCCUCAAAUAUCUACAAGAACAUUCUGCGCAAACAGGCAUCAGACAAUGAAAUUCAAUGGGUAAUACGGGUCACAGUGGUGGUAGUGGGUGUGGUUGGGACAUCCAUAACGUUCUACACCAACAGCCCCCUGGUCCUCUGGAUUCUCGGAGCAGAUACUGCCUACACCCUCAUAUUCCCCCAUCUGGUUUCUGUGCUCUUCUUUAAAGUGACGAAUGGUUACGGUGCCGUGGUGGGUUACAUCGUAGGGCUGACUGUAAGGGUUUUGCUGGGGGAGAAUUCUGUAGGUCUUCCUGUUGUUCUUCAUCUUCCUGGUUGCACACUGGAAGAUGGCGUCUACGUCCAAAAGUCUCCUAUCAGGACAAUCUCCAUGUUGUGCGCUUUGGUAACCAUCUUAGUUUUUUCUUCGUUGGCUUCAUUCAUAUUCAAUCAUGACCUGUUGCCUGAGAGGUGGGAUAUUUUUCACGUAAAGCAUAAUGUUACUGUGUCACCUGCGGAUCCCGUCACACAGAAUCUAAACGAAGAAGCAAAAAGUAAUGCUGAGUGUGAUGAGAACACAUAUGGAGUUGCCUUGCAGCCAGUUUUGCCGACUGGAUCGUAACCAGUUGCCCUUUUUUUCACUUUCUGGCCUGAGUUUUAUAAUAAUCUUACGUAAACAUUUAGAAAAAUUCCAAGUUGAAGUUGCCUGUAUUUUAAGCUGUUAACUGUUGUGAGCAUUUACUUUCUUUGUUAGUAUUUGUUUGUGGAACCAAGUUACACAAAAGAGAAAUCAUUUCAAAAACAGUGGAUUACUCAAAAUAAAGAAUGAUCCUAUUUGCAAUAGUUAAUAAGUGGAAGCUUAUCUCACCUUUCUUAAUGUCUUCUGCUCUCUCCUCUCCUGCUCCACAGGGCUUUUGCAUAAUACUGCAACAGCAAUUAAAUAGCAAAUGGGAAUAAAUCAGAAAAGAAGCUGUACUAACGUAUCUAAUGUACAUCUGGUUCAAAUAAAGGCCUGGUGCCCUCUGCAGUUGAAGGAAAUAAACUGCAAACACUGUUGUGCCUAAUUCUUUUGAAAGAGCAAUGGCCAAUGGGAAAACUCCAACACUUAACCAGGGCUUUAUUGAUCGACCACUGGUGUAACAGUCACUCAGUAAGUCACUCAGUAAGUAAUGGACAGCCUCUAGAGUUUAUAAAGUUAGCUCUGCUUUUAGCCAGAAUAAAGGCUGAGAGAGAAGUUUAAACCCUGCCUACUUUCUCACCCUUGCACACCUGGCCUAUCGCUGCUUGAGCAGCUGUACUUGGCAGAUUGUCAUUUGUGGCAAGUUUAAAAAAUUGUUUGUGUGUGUGUGUGUGCGCGCGCACGCAUAUUUACUGUACAUACUGUAUCAUCUGUCACUAUCAUUUUAAAUCCUGCAUGCUGCUAUCCAUUCAGUAUUUAUUUAUUUGCACUAAUAGACAAAUAGACUAAUAGACAAUUUUUAUUUUUUAUUUUGUGGUUAUUGGUGCUUUUAUAUGGCCUAUAUUUAGAAAAUAUUUAUAGAAACACCAAUUCUUUGACAUACUUGUGCACAUAAUAGUACUGACAUACCUUUAGUCAGGCCGACAUGCCCAGCUUUUUUGUCCUUGUUCCCAACUGUUAUGUCUAUUUAUGUGUAAAAACAGUGAGAAAAAACCCCAGUAGAAACAAACAAAAAACAGUUAAAUUCAUUGUAUGUGUACACAUACUUGGCCAAUAAAAAGUGAUUCUCCUGAGAUAAUUCUUGGAUGAAUCCAUUCUGGCCAAAUUUCAUCAGGCCAUGUGGUAUUUGUCUAACUUAGUCUCUCGGGGAAUGAUCACUGCAAGAAACCACUGUUUGUGUCAAUAUUCAUACUUUAAUAAUCAUUUAAGUAAGUUUGAUCGUAUCUUCCUUCAAACAAAUCUGAUUUCCAUGUGUUGUCUUGUGUUUAUUGUGGUGGUGUUUAGUUGUAGUUUAAUAAGUAACAAAUGUUCAUAACGUUAAGGUGGAUUUGUUCUAUUUAUUAACACUUUUUUUUUUUUUUUAGCACAAACUGUCUAUUUUGAUUAUUCUUAUUAUUAUUAUUUACCUUGUCUCCUGCUAAGAGUUAUGUAAUAAUUUUCUCAGCCCAUAACAGAUCAUCCCAGUGAGCUAAAUUUGCUCUUACAUUAGUGUAACAUAAUCUUUGGAGGGCAGAUCAACUUCAGCAGCUGGUCUUGUGCUCUGGUUGGCUCUGUGAUUUUAAACAGGGUAGAUUCAUUUUGCAAAACAACACAGUAGGUAAAUUAUGACUGUGUUACUGCAGUACAAAUCACUUCAGGCCCAUGGGCUUAGCUAAAUACGCUGAAUAUUUGAUCUAAGCUGUAAAGAGACAGUAGCUGACUUAAUGACAUGUCUGGAGUUGACCUUUUGUCAGCAGGAGGUUGUCACCAUAUGCUUCUGACACAGAUGAAUGGGGUUGUAUGCGGCCUAAAAAGGGCGCUGAGUUAAGACAUGGGUCAAUCUAUUUUAGAAAAGGAAGUUUAUAGAUCUGCAUAAUAAAUUUUGUCAAGAAUACCUUACAUACAUAUUUCUUUGUAAUGCGACUGGUGUCAUAACGUUACCAGGGCUCUGACCCCAGGUUCAGAGACAGAAAUAGCUCUCACAGAAAGUGGCGACUAAUUCUCAGAUGGAGGCAUACUAAAGACAGCUGUUAUACAUUUGGGAUAUACAAAAAGAUAUAAAUGUACAACCUUAGACCCAGUUGGUGUAAUGUCAUAGCCAAGUCACAGAAGUAAUUUAUCUUCUAGUCAAAAUGGUCCAUGUGCCUUACAAAACAAGAAAUCCACCAAGAACUUGUUAUAACACAGGAUGUAGAGAAGACUCCUCACUCUGUUGGAGUUGUCAGAACUACUUACACAUGCAAUUGUACAGUGGUGUUACAGAGACACUUUUACCUCUGAGAUAAUCUUUGGCUGAGCGCAGAUACAGGGUUUGUGUUGAAGUCUGUUUCCUCAUUGAUUUAAGUUGCUUCCUACCUUACCCUAAGACCAAAUGUGUCCUUAAAGCCAACCAGUUGUGUUUUUGUGAUGCUUAACCUCAACCCAACCUUACCCGAACCAGUUAUCUCUAACUGGCACAGACUGGCCAAUAGGAAGUUCGAGAAAUUUCCUGGUGGGUUGGCCUUGUAAUGUGAUAAAAAAAAACUCCAGUUCUUUUUUCCCUACCCUGGCAGUACAAACCCUUUGUUAACACCUUAUUUUCAAAACAAGAUGUAGUCACAUGUGUAUCCUUAUGCUUACUUUGCCAAGUCCGUUAAUAGCUCUCCCGUUCAGCUCGAUCUGGACCAGUACUUGACAAUCAGGGAAUGAGACUCAGCUAUCAACUAUCUUAUCCAGAGUUACAGCACGCUUAAUGCUACUUAGCGACAGUUAAUAUGACCUGCCAUUUAUCAAGCGGCAACUAAAAAUGAGACGCUACAACCUAAAUGUUUUGCAGACUGAGAUUUGCAAAUGAUAGAGCAAGAACUAAGGAUGAUUAUUAUUAGAAAUGUAUUAAUCUCUAUAAACAGAGUCAAUUAUUCAGUCAGUCGAUCAAUCAAUCGAUCUUUUAUUUGUCACAUGGGGCGGCAGUAGCUCAGUCCAUAGGGACUUGGGUUGGGAACCGGAGGGUCGCCGGUUCAAGUCCCCGUCCGGACCAAAAUAUGUAUUGUGAACUGGUAGCUGCAGGUGCCAGUUCACCUCCUGGGCACUGCCAAGGUGCCCCUGAGCAAGGCACCGAACCCCCCAACCACUCUGAGCACCUGUCAUGGGCAGCCCACUCUGACAUCUCUCCACUUAGUGCAUGUAUAGGUCCAGUUUGUGCAUGUGUGUGUUCGGACCUGUGUGUAAUUGACAA